UUACACUGAGCCAAAGCCAGCCUGCUGACUACAAGGAAAUUUGCUGAGGGUUUCAGCCAUGAGUGCCACAUGGGCUUUGCAAAAGGCAGUGAUUGCACCAGUGGGACUGGGCUGGGUCCGGAGCGGCCACUUCCACUGCCGGGAGACAAGUGGGCAUCACCUCAGCCUGGAAAAUCUCUGCUUGUGACUGCCGUCCUGUGUUCUGAACGGCAGGAGCAGGAGGAUGCAGUGCUGCUCCUGGACACUUGGAUAGCAGGUGCUCAGUGCUCAGAGCUCCAGAGCUGGGAGCCUUGAGCCGAGCUCCGCUGGGAUGUGACCUGGGACCGCUCGCUUAAAGACUUGUCACUCCGCACCUGGCCCCUCUGGGGCACACUGUGCUUACACACGUGUUUCAUGUGGUUACUGCAAAGCCUGUAGGAGUCCAGACUCAUUCUCUUCAAGGCUCAGAGUCCACCCUUGUGUUCCUGAGGCAGAGUAAAAGGAAGGCACCAAUUUGUCUGGUUUGAUUUUUUGCCUGGAGUGUUUGCGAUGGAUGAAGGAGCAGAGUCUCUGAUGACUGUGCAUCUCCUCACCCAUUUGGGACGCUCAUUCCCUCUGCAGCAAACUCUGGAUCGGCUUCUGGAGUGGCUCUGCCUGGACAUUCGCCUUUUCCUGGUGUCUGAGCGAAUUCCUCCGCUGAGAUACUACGAGAGAUACCGCAGGAGGAGCUGCAGCUUUCCUGGAAUAUCCAUCCUCCUUUUCCUGCACGAGGACUUGGGAGAAGAACGGAUCUUCCAGGUGCACGAGCAGUUCCAGCGCCCUCCCUGGCAGUACCAGCGUGCCCAGUUUGCCAAUUCCCACUGUGCCCCAUCCCAGCAGGAUUUCUACGGGCUGGAGGAGCAGCUGCCCGUGUGGGGCAUCAGGCGGGUGCGCCGCGGCCCCGAGAUCCUGCGCGUCACCCUGCACUGCAGCUUCGACAACUACGAGGAUGCGGUGAGGCUCUACGAGCUGAUCCUGCAGAAGGAAGGCACUGUGCAGAAGGGCACUGUGUGUGUGUUUGUGCUGCACUCCAGCCCACACGUGGCCGUGCAGCUGUGCCUGAAGCAGCUGCCCAUCGGCGUGGCGGCUGAGCCCCCCGACUCGGCGGCCCUGCAGUUCAAGGUGCAGGAGAUCGGGCAGCUGGUGCCCCUCCUGCCCAACCCCUGCGUGCCCAUCAGCAGCACCAGGUGGCAAACGCAGGACUAUGAAGGAAAUACAAUUCUGCUCAAGGUUCAAAGCAGCUCCAGGACCCUCGAAACAAACAUCGGGCUUUCCCAGCAGCGUGACAGUACAGGCAGUGGAGGAAUCCCGCAGGACUGUGUGCCAGCCCCUCUCGCUGUAAAACAGGGUGAUCCUGGGCGGAGGAGCCAGGAGGCCAGGGCUCCGAAGGGUAAAACCAAAUCUGCCCCAAGUGAAGCAUCCCUCGGCUCUGGGCGGGCGGGCAGUGACCUCCAGAGGCCCCUGCUCACCGCUCCCGGUGCGGCAGCACCGCAGCAGGGCUGGGCAGCGCGGUCGCUGCGCGGGCAGGCGGGCAGGGCGCUGCAGGCUGCUCCCGCCCACGGCCGCGGGCAGCGGGGAACCGAGACCGACGUGGACACCGGGCUGGCCGUGGGGAGUUCCGGCCGCUGCCCGCUGAGCCUGUUCCCCAGGGCCCUGCGGAGCAGCCUCCUGCCGCUGACAGACCCCGGAGCCGGCACCGGCACCAGAACUGCCCUGCCCGGCCCGGCGCUGCGAGCCCCGGCCCGGAGCGACAGAACCGCGCACGGAGCCCCGGCCCGAGCGACGGGCGCGACGGAGCCCCGGCCCGGACGGACAGAGCCGCGCACGGAGCCCCGGGCUGCACCCCGAGAACACCGCGGGCCAGCCCGGCACAGUCAGCAGCGGACGAGGAGCAGGAAUUCUAUAUAUGACCGAAACCAGGCGUGCCUGAUGGACUCGUGCUCGCCAAAGGACAUCGGAGCGCUUUGGGAUGUGCUGUGACUGCUGCUGCUGCUCGGAGUGUACCUCUGUCCUGUGACAUCCCACUAGGGGUCACUAAGGCAGACACUGAAUUUCCAUGGAGAGAUGCUA